ACCCCACACCCUUCCUUCCUCCUCCCGUCCAGCACAGGGACGUGGCCUUUGCACGGCCUUAGAAGCCUGAGAAAAAGCAGUAAUCAAAGACAAGAAGGGCAGAGCUGAAGGGACGGGCCAGAAUUUAUGUCUCCCGUCUCCUCUGACCCACUCAGCUGCCUCAUGGCAUGUGGAGUUUUCCACACCAGGGGGGCCUCCCCACUCAGUUUCCUCCCAAACCUCCACCCUUCCCUCCCUUUGUCUUCCUGGGUCCUCCUCUUCCUCCUCCCCAUCCUUCUCUUUAGAGGAGGUGGGCCGCUGGUCGGGGGAAGGAAACGGGCAUUUGGCACAGAGUCAGCAGAGGUCUUGAGAGAGGUUAGGAACCCAGGACAUCCUAGUUGUAGAUGGAAGUUUGGGACCCAGUCCCCACCCAGCCCGCUUUGCCCAGCACCCUCCCCGUGCCAGGCUCAGCGUGGGCCUGUCUUGCAUACCUCUCGUUCCACAGUCCAGCCAGCUCAGCUGGCAGGGAUUGGGGAGGAGGCACCUGAAGGGAGCACGGAGGAGCCUGACACACAGAGAGGGGGUGAGGGGUUACAUCUCAGUGAUGUCCCAUGUGACUGCCUGGGUGUAGGAUGGGCCCCUUGGAACUGAGCCUCAGCCACAUUCACCAGACAAGAACCAGUAUGUCCCAGCAUGGCCUUGAGGCGGGAAAUGAGACCGUCUACACCAGGACAGGUGUUUAGCCUUGGCUUGGGGUGGGGACACGGAGGUUUCUAAUCAUAAUUAAUAGAGCUGGUGACGGUUCUGAUAACUCAGAGCUGCUUAGAUUAGCAGCACAGGAUCACGUCCUGGGCUUGUGAUUUAUCCCCCUCUGGGCCCCCUUGGCAGCAAGAUCAACCUUUUUGCCGAAAAUCAAAGAUCAGCCCAACAAGGGGGGAAGUUAAAGUUCAGGAAGUUGAAGUUUAGAGGAAAGCAACCUCACCCCGGGCCAUGGGCAUCCAGACCCAGGACACUCGCGUAGUAUUAAGCCAUGUGUAGUUGUGGGGAGCUUUGAUCUGUGAUUCUUAAAACGACUAUGAAGUGAGCAGAAACAAGCUCAAGGGGCUCAAACUGCAUGCCCGAAUCUUUUUUGGUAAAUGGUGGGACCCGGUUUGAGUCCAGGUUGGUUGGAUUCCAGAGCUGUGGGUCUCUCUCAGGUACCCCAUUGCCUUAUUCAACCUUAAUCUUCCUCAGAGACUCAGUACCUCAACCACUAAGUCUUUUGAGUUUCUUGCUUGUUCUCGCUAACAUCCCAGAGGGGUGGCUCAGUUCCCUCCAUCCUUCCCCUCUAAAAGGUGCCUCCAGCCGGCUGUGGCUAGGCUCUGGCUCUGGCUCUGCUCUCUCAGCCACCUUCUCCCCUCGUCCCCUCUGACUCCAGCCUCUGGCCCCCAUGAAAGCUGAGUCAGAGGCAGACGCUUCCCCUUGGCUCCCAGUGCCUCCCUUGGGAGCCCCUCCUUGGCGGCAUCCGUUAGUCACUCCCCAGUAAGUCCUCUCCCUCCACCCUCGUGGGGCGGGGAGCCCAGGGCAGCCCAGAGGCUGGGGGGAGGGAGUGGACUUUUGGCCCGUUCCGUUUAUUCCCUCCAUCUCCUCGUCAGCAGCCGCUGGGCGCUCUUGGCUCGUUCCCCUGACCGACCUGCAGGGAAGCAGAGAGACCCGGAGAGAGGGCAGGAGGCGAACCAGAGACAGGGCCAAGGAAGAGGCAGAGGCUGCAGCCUGCCUCCCUCGGUCUCCCCAGCCUGCCUUAACCACCCUCUUUAGCCAAAGCCCUUUCAAGUUCACGUGGGGCUCAGCCCCUCCCCGUCACCGGGGCCCCCGGCUCCCCUCGGGGCCUGCAUCCGAACAUGUCGGUGGCUGUGGAGACCUUCGGCUUCUUCCUCGCAGCCGUGGGGCUGCUGAUGCUCGGGGUGACCCUGCCACACAGCAGCUGGCGAGUGUCCACCAUACACGGGAAUGUCAUCACCACCAACACCAUCUUCGAGAACCUCUGGUAUAGCUGUGCUACUGACUCGCUCGGAGUCUACAACUGCUGGGAGUUCCCGUCCAUGUUGGCCCUCUCCGGUAUCUGCGGGAUGGUGGCCAUCUCUUGGUAUGCCUUCAACAUCACCCGGGACUUCUUCGACCCCCUGUACCCUGGAACCAAGUACGAGCUGGGCCCUGCCCUCUACCUGGGCUGGAGCGCCUCUCUGCUCGCCAUCCUGGGCGGCAUCUGCCUCUGCUCCAGCUGCUGCUGUGCCCGGGACGAGGACCCAGCCGCCAGUGUCCGGCUUCCCUACAAGGCCCCGGUGAUGCCGUCCACCAGCCUCGCUGCCCGCCUGCCCACGGCGGCCUCGGAUGAAGAAGGCGACAGCAGCUUUGGCAAGUACGGGAAAAACGCUUACGUGUAGGAGGCCUGGCCUGUGGACCCCAUUGCCUUCCACUGCCCUCAGUGGAGAGGGGUCACCGGAAUCCUGGGCUGCAGGCGCCAGCCUCUGCUCCCAGUAACAAGCUCGGGAACGUGCCAAGUUCUAGGCCCCACCCUGUGCCCAGAAGCCACGCCCAGCUCUGACCACCUCAGGCCCCGCCUCCCCGUUCGGAGCUCCGCCUCCUUCAUGUGGCCCUCUGGAUCCUCCCAGACCAACAAUCUGUCUCCUGAGGACUCAUUUUCCACCCCUGAGGCUGGACCCUUCUUAACCUUGAGUCUGUGUUCUGGGCGGAGGUAUCCCCGAAUGUUUGUAUUCUAUAUAAAAACAUGCAUAAAUAAAUUUGUACUGUGAACUGUU